CAUAAUAAACUAAAAGUUUGUAUAUGCAGUUACUACUCAAAAAAGUUAAAAAGUGGCUCAAAAAUGGAUCUUGAAAAAUCGCCCAAAGAUGGUAAUAGAAGAUUAUCAAAACUGGAUAAAUUAACAAUUGUAAAUAAACGAUUUACGCUCUCUUUUCUAAUGAAUAUUGGAUUAGCACUGAUGUUUUUUGGAAUUAAAUUAAGUUUGGCUUAUAAAUGUUUAAUGACCUCCGUUGAUAAUCCUAAGGAAGUAAACCCAUCCUUAUAUGAAUCAAGUUUCCGAUUAAGUUUUAUAUUAAUCGCAAUUCCAGCUGCUUGGUUAAGUUUAAAAUUCUCUCCAUUAACUUGGUUUGGCCGAAGUAUUUUAGCACACUCAAUACUGUUAUUCAUAAUUGCAUUAUUUGGACAUGUUCAUUUUGGAUUUUUGGUAGUACUAAAAUUCUUAGAAGGUGUUAUAGCAGGAACUGCAUUUAUACUAUUUCAUGCUUCUUGGAAAAAUUGGACAACGGCCGCUGAACGAUCGACAUUAAUAACAUUCGCUUUAGCUGGGCAAUAUUUAGGUGAAAUAAUCGCAGACUUAACAACAAAAUUUUGUUCAGAAUUUCUUUUUUGGAUAUUAUUAUCUGGUAUACUGGGUAUUUUUACCAUAAUAUGGUGGAUUUUAUGGGAGAGUGUGGUUUAUGAAACACCAAAUACACAUCGAAGCAUAAGUGAAGAAGAAUAUAACCAGAUACAUCCAAUCAUUCAAGAAGAACUACGCCCAACUGAAAAUGUUUCAUGUAAACAAAUUAUUUUUUCAGCUCCGUUUCUAGUGUUGGUUAUUGUUCAUGUCUUCAGAUCAUGGAGUGUCAGGUUUUAUCUAUAUGAAAUAAAUAGUUUAAUCCUGAUUCAUAUUAUGAAAUUCAUCUCAUUUCCAUUAUCUGGAUAUUUGGCUGAUGUUUUGGUACGAAAAACAUCAUUAACAAGAACUCAUGUACGGAAAUUAUUUAUAACGGGUGUCUAUUCGAUGGAAUGCAUUUAUUACCUAAUGUUGACGAAUUUACAUAUGGAUAAUUGGGUCUGGUUCCUAAUUUCAUUUAUUAUGGAAAUAUUGUUUAAUACAUCAUAUAGUGCGGCAUGUAUAAAUGCUAUAGAUAUUGCACCAAGUCAUGCUGGUGUUACAGUUGCGAUAACGUCCAUUGUUUCGCAUGGAACUUUCCUAUUGGUAUUCAGUAUGGAUCGUUAUUUGCAUGAAAUAGAUUGGUAUGAUAUGGUAAAUUUUAUUGCAAUAAUUGGGCAUUUACUUGCUGGAAUAGUCUAUGGAAUUUAUGGAACAGCAAAUCCUAUUACUGUGAAAGAAUAAUGCUUAUUCUUUAUAAAUGAGAUUAUGAACU